GACAGGAUUAGACUUUCUUCCCCUUUCUGACCCUCAAUGCCAAAUUAUUUUUUACCACCCAGAAAAUCGACUUUAGAAAUUUUUCCUUUUCCGGAAGACCCAAUUCUCUCAUUUCUCCAUUUCUCUUUUUUGUUGAUCUUCUGGGACAGACUUAUAAUUGCUAUUAUUGAUUUUAGCCUUGUUGGCGUGUCCACUCAUUGCAUCCCCAUUAUUUUGCUAAAUACUGUGCAUGCGUUUUUCUUUUAUUUUUAUGAAAGGGUUUCAUCAAAAUUAAUGUUUUAGGGUGAAAAUGUAGUGAAAAAAUAAUUUCGUUUUUUGGGGUUUUUUGGCUGUUUUUUAAUUUUGAAAAUUUUUAAUAGGGUCCGACAUCGGAAAAGGGACCGAGUUUUUAGGGCCAGAUAGCUUGGGAAGGGUGUUUUGAUAAAAUCCUGGGGAGAGAUCGAGAUUUUUGAAAAGCCUGGACCUGUUCCUGGACUCUG